AUGACAUUUAAGGCAUUUGUAAUUGCCGUUCUUGUGGUUGCCUCCAUCGCCCUUCCAGAUAGUCAUCCUACAUAUGGUUACUUCGCUCCCACUCCCGCUUAUGCACCCGCCAAGUACGACUUCAACUACGCAGUAAACGACCUGUCAUCUGGUAACGACUCCGGACAUCAGGGGGCCCGUGAUGGCGAUGAUACACAGGGAUCUAACUACGUCCUUCUUCCCGACGGUCGCCUGCAGAAGGUUACUUACACUGUUAAUGGAGACUCCGGUUACGUGGCUGAUGUCACCUACGAGGGAGAGGCUCAGUACCCCACUCCACAGACCUCCUCAACCAUCCUAUAA